AUUAUUUCAAAGUGUCGGCGCUAACGUUACUUUUCCUAUCGUUUCAUUGUCAGCUUUAGUUAACCAAACAUCCGACUAACUUAGCCAGACAGACAAUGUUAACUAAGUGAACUAUUAGCGCUAAAAAACGACAAAUUAUUGAUUUCAGAACGCUAGCUACGGAUGCUGUUUCCAUGGUGAUGAAACGUUAGUUUACGUUUAACGACAACUUCCUAGCUAGCUAGUUGCUUAACCUAGCUAAGAUACUUGACUUUACUGUUUAAUAGUUAACGUUACAUCGACAGCUUGACUACUUAUGUGAACAGAGAUGUCUUUGGGGUCUCCGUCCUCUGAUCCUCAGAGUAUUGAGUUUUUACCCAACCAUACAGAACUAAAGUUACCAGCAGCAGCAGCAGGGACAACUGAGACCCAGGAUGCCUGUCUUCGGCUGAGAUUUAACAGCCUGACACUGGAGGAGUUGAGUGAGGAGCUUGACAGGCGCACCAAGGAAACCCAGAGGCUUCAGGAGGAGGUGGAAAAUGCAACCAAACUAACCUUGGAGAGGCUUGGCUGCAAAUAUGGUAUCCACAGCCCACCUGGACAAAGCUGCCACAGCCACAGGCUUAAUGUCUAUGACUCACCCAGGGAUUCCACCAGUGUUUUAACUCACCAGCAGGUAGGGACUCAACCCCUGCUUUGUGAUCUGAAUAGUUUAAACCAAGGGUUGGCCAAAAGAGAUGCCAGCGCUCCUGGAGGGGAGGUGUUGGAAAAUGCAAUCGGUGACUGUCUGCAACAGCUGUCUGACUUGCAGCUCAACAAGAUGCAUGAUCAGCCCAAACAAGAGACAUUCACUUUUGACGAAGCCAUCACGAACAUGCAGAGUGAGUUGCAUAAAGUCCAGAUGGAGAAGGACACCCUGUCUGACCUCAGAUUGAAGGAUUCGAGGAAACACGUUGGUCAGAUGGAAAAGAUGCUGUGCAUGUUGGAGGAGCUCCAAAACAUCAAAAGGGCUGGGGACCAGAAGCUGCAGGAGACAGAGGAUGAGGCGUUGGCGCUUAACAGGAAAGUAGAGACACUGGAACGAAAUGUAAAGGAGAUUUACUCUUCACUGAUAUCGAAUGAGAAACAAUGCAGAGACAAUGCCAUCACCAGCCCUAAUGGUGCCACUGGUUCAAGACAGCUAUCCCCGGCUGCUAAGUUAACUGAGGAUUUAAACGAAGAGACAGAGAAGAUACAGGAGAGACUUUUUUUGUCAAAGGAACAUCUGGGGAGCGAAGAAUGCAGCGGAGUAAAUAAGGAAAAAGAAAGAAUGGAAGAACUGAUUGUAAGUCUUGGCCAGGAGAUGGCGCUGUUGACUGACAAACUGAGCUCAUCAAAAAACAACAGUGUCAGCUUAAGUGUCAAGUUGGAGUUGCUAAAGAAACUUGCAGAGCGACAGACAUCGCUGCACCAGUGUCAGGUCAGGGAACUUGAGUCAACCCUCUCUGGACAUAAAGAAAAGGUUUGUCGUCUGGAGCAGCAGCUCGUUGAGGCUCAGUCCCAGCUGGUGGCCGCCCACAUAGAGAGGGAGCGAUCUUUACAACAGGCAGAUGAGCUUCAGUCCCAGCUUGGCCAACUUCAGAGGUGCGGUAAGCAGCAGCAGUGUGAGCUCCAGGAGGAGGUAAAGGCCCUGAGAGGACAGCUGGAGGCAGCCAGGGAGCAGCUUCGCAGAGGUGGGGAGGAGAAAACCUGCUUGCAGGCCCUGCUGGAGCAAAGGGUCCAGGAGGGGAGGAAAUCCCAGGAACUCCUGGAGGAGAAAACCAAAGAACACCAGCUCAGGCAGCAAGAAGCUCAGCAGGCUCUUGCCAGGUUGGAAGAGGCUCAGAGUCGGUACCAGACCCUGCAGGCAGACAGAGAGACACUGAGGCUGAAGCUGGAUGACCGAGAGAAGAUGAUAGAUAUUCUGAGGCUGCAGAUGGAGAGCGGCAUCCAGAUGACUGUGCAGCACAGCCACACCAUUGACAACCUUCACCAGGAGAGCAGCCUCCUUAGCAACCAGUUAAACCAGCACAAGCUGGAGGUUCAGCAGCUCAGGGCUGAGUUAGACCAGCACAAGACGGACCUGGCUGCUGCAGAGCAUGAGAAGCAGCGGCUGCAGGCCUCUGUUGCUGAGCUACGUCAGUGCGUCCAGGAGGAAACUCUGGAGAAGCAGCAACUCACCACCCAGCUGGAGCUCCACCAUGUGCAGUUACUCACCUUCACUAAGGAGCACAAGCAGCUGCAACAGCUCCACCGCUGUAAGAACGAGGAGAACGAGGGUGUGGUGCUGAGGCUUCAGAGUCAGCUAAGGGACGCCCAUGAUGAGUUGGACCAGGUCAGGAGAACCCUGAAGACCUUGGAAGGAGCUGAUGGACACGGCCUCCGAGUUGCCAUGGAUAUGCAGGAGAAGAUUACAGCCCGGAGAGAGCAGAUUGACUCCCUGCAGGGCAAAAUCCAACAUUUAGAGGAGACUAUGGAGAAGCUGUACCAGGAGAAGCGCUACCAAAGCCUGGAGCACCAGCGUCAGCUCCAAGAACUCAACUUCGUCAGAGAGGAGAAGAGACAACUUGGCAAUGAGCUGGAGGCCCUUCGCUCCAAAGAUAAACAGUUAAGGGAUCGCAUCGACCAGCUGGAGGCAAUCCUUCACAAGAUGACAGAGAGCUUCGCAGACUGUCAAGAUUUCAUCCAGCUGCAGGAGCAGGAGUUUUUCCGUCUGAAACUCCAUCAUGCCCUGGACUUGAAGGAGCUCCAAGGUCAAAAUUUGCACACGGCUCUGAAUAUACCUCCAUCUGACCUGGACUCCCCGUCCCCAUGUGCACUCACUGCUCCACCCUCCUCCCAGCAAGCCUCCAACACCCAGAUCACGUCAAAGAGGCAUCGGGAGAGCUCCGCCCGGGAGCUCAGGUCUCUCGUCAAAGAGCUGCGAGGGGUGAUAUCGGAGAACCACAGACCACACACAGAUAACGGCGCUCCCGGCAGCAGCUCUCACAGAAGGAGGUCUGCGCCGGAGAGAGUGCACAGAACCACAUUCAGUACUGACAAGACCGAAGAAGAAAAAGCUGGCUCCAGAUUUAGAAGAAAAACCUGUGGCAGCAAGCCACAUUUCCUGAAGACGGCUGAGCUGAACGGGAAAAUAAUCAACAACAAAUCCUCCAGUGAGAGCUGUUUUAUAUUGAGUCCAAAGACUGCAGCGAGGAACAUUUCCUCCCCACAGCUAAUGUCCCUGGGCCGCAGGUCACCCGUCCACUCUCUCCUGACCUCUGACCCAAACAGCCAACAGUGACUGACACAACACAACAGACCCGAGGCUGGCUCCUCUCUUCAACAGCUCCCCAGAUGAACUUGUCAAGGAUGGUUUUAUAAUCAGGUGCAUUUUUGUAAUUUAUUUUAUAAAUAAAGUUUUUUUCUUUAAA